AUGAGUAAAGAGCAUGCAACAAAAGAAUCCCGAAAAGAAUUAUCAAGGGAGAAAGUCACCUACCUAGGCGGUGACCCUGAAGAGAAAGCGAAAGCUGAUAAAGCCCUAAAAGAAAUAUGUAGUGAUGGGAAUGUCUCAUACGAAGUGUCUUCUACGUCGUCAAAGGACGUAGAAAGUAAUGCAGAUUCUGCAAUAUUUGAAGUCCCUGAAAUUUUGACUGCCGAAGGAUUUGUCAUUAAGCUUUACGUACAUGACUUGCUGGAAACUGACGUAGAAAUAAUUGGCAAUGCUGCCAACCAUAAACUAUCACAUAAAACAGGCUUAUCGGCAACAAUCGCCUGGAGAGCUGGUCCAUGCAUGAAAAAAGAAUGUAAAGACUACAUUAAAAUAUAUGGAACUCUUCCAAUUUCAAAAGCGUUUGUAUCAGGAGCAGGACAGCUAAAGUUUAAAAAAAUAAUUCAUGUCGUUGGACCGUCUUGGCCAGAAUACACAAAGAAACUAGAAUGCCUGAAAGAUUUAGCAAGAACUGUAACGAACCUUUUAGAGAAGGCCAAAGAAUGCAAAGCCAGAUCUGUUGCCAUGCCGACCAUCAGUUCAGGCAUCUACAGAGUACCAAAUUCUCUUUGUGCUGCCAUGUAUCUGAAAGGCGUCUUUGACUUUAGCAAACAGAAGAAGUUUGGAUCACUCAAAGAGCUUCACAUUGUUGAUCUAUCUAUGGACGUCCUUCAAUCGGUUAAGGAAAAGUAUCAGCAUUACUUAUCUUUUAAACAGGCCAUUGAUCCAGCGUGGUUGGUUGUAAGAUACCACAGUGUAGAAGAAACAAACACAAGGUAAAGUACAACAACAUCAACACGAGCCUCCAAGUUUUCAGAGAAAAACUAAGACGAUUUUAGAGGAGCACAGGCCCCCGUAACAACACCAAAGGACAGAAAAAAAAUUGGAGUGUCCUCUGAUCAAGAUUAGCAUUAAAAUAUGCAAUUUAUAAACGCUAGAUAAAUUUGCUGUCGCACCACCAAAUGAAAGUAAUAUUUUACUUUUAAACACUUGUUUAUAAUGUAUUUGAAAUAUUAAUAUGUUACUUAAGCAAAACAUAAAGCAUUUAAGGUAUACAAUCCCCAAUAGCAACAGAUUCAAUGAAAUUGAAUACAUAACA